AGCCACUUCGAGCCACUGCGGAAUACCCGAGAGGCGAGGACGGCGCAAAGGUCGUGGUGCUAGGUCGAUCGCAAAGAUGAGCGCCAACCAAGUGAUCAAGAACACCAGCACCUGGGCUCGUUUCAUGUUCAGUACGAGCAAGUACUACCAGUACGGCCUGCUCAAGAACGACAUGUACCGCGAUGAACCGGUGACGCUGGAAGCCGUGCGGAGGCUGCCCAAGAAGUUGCAGGACGAGCGCAACUACCGCAUCCUGCGGGCCAUCCAGUGCAACAUCGCACACACCAUCCUGCCGGAGAGCCAGUGGACCAAGUUCGAGGACGACGUGCCCUACCUGGAACCGUACAUCGCCGAGGUCGAGAAAGAGGAGGCCGAGAAAAAGGAGUGGUACCGGACCCACUGAAUCAAUGGCGUCGUCGUUCAGCUGUGUCGAAGCAAGAAGGUACUAAAUAAACGUGUUAGAGAAGA